CGUAGCCGAUAAUAUAUUUAGAAGUACGCUAAUAAUACUAUAUACUAUUUCACAAUCAUUGAAUUGGAAUACUUGAUUUAACCAUGUAAUUUAUCAUAAUAACCACUACUUUUUCGUAAAUUGUAGUACACGUAGUAUUGAGUUAAAUCGGCUACAUAUAGAAAAGGAUACAAGUUUAACACAAGCAAAAUAAUAAUUAACUAUAGACAUGGGUAACUCCCUGUUCAAGAGGUAUUUCUCGCAAAAGGAGGUUCGAAUCUUGCUUGUUGGACUAGACGCAAGUGGCAAAACUACGGCGUUGUAUCGGCUAAAAUUAGGAGAAGUUGUGACUACGAUCCCCACUAUAGGUUUUAACGUGGAGACCGUGAACGGGACUUUAUCACACAAGGCUGUCAAUAUCACGGCUUGGGACGUAGGGGGACGGUGCCAAAUCAGACCGCUUUAUCGACACUAUUAUCCGACGACUUCCGGGUUGGUCUACAUGAUCGACUGUGCUGACAAAGAAAGGUUUGGAGACGCGGUAGAAGAGUUAAGAAGAUUCAUGAAGGAAGAUGAACUUCGGGAUAUUCCAAUACUUGUUCUCGCUAACAAACAAGACAUGGCCGGAGUCAUCACCCCAACGGAGGUCCGAACCAAAAUAUCUGAGAUUUUAACGCCUGCGGACCGGAAGUGGGCGGUGUUUGGUGUGAGUGCUGUGCAUGAUUUAUCGGGUCUUCGGGCAGCAAUGGACUGGCUUACUUCCGCUAUGGUUGAAAACGAAGCGAAACACGCGUCGUCGUCAUGGCUACCGGAAAUGCUUAAAGAAGAGAGCAUCACCGUCAAUAAACACAAAACAAAAGCACCAGUGGCAACGGACGAGAAGACCAACGCUUCUGGACUGGUGGAAUCCUUUAAGAAACUUCUGUGGAAAUUUGCGACGGAAAGUAUUAUGCUUACGUGCUUACCUAGAGACAUGGGCAACUCAUUGUUCAAGAGACUUUUCUCGCAAAAGGAGGUUCGAAUAAUGUUUAUGGGACUGGACGCUAGUGGCAAAACUACGACGUUAUAUCAGCUAAAAUUGGGCGAGGUGGUGACCACGAUCCCAACCAUAGGGUUUAACGUAGAGACAAUAUCGCACAAAGGAGUCAAUAUCACUGCAUGGGAUGUAGGGGGAAGGGAUAAAAUGAGGCCUCUAUACAGACACUACUUUCAAAAUACUGCAGGGCUGGUCUACAUCUUCGACUGUGCUGACAAAGACAGGUUUGGAGACUCUCUUGAAGAGCUAAAAAGUUUCAUGGGAGAAGAUGAGCUUCGAAACACUGCGCUGCUUGUUCUUGCCAACAAACAGGAUAUAACGGGAGCUAUCACUCCUACAGAGGUGGAAAAGAGAGUCUCCGAGAUUUUAACGCCAAUUGACCGGACAUGGGCGGUUUUUGGUGUUAGUGCUGUAACUGACUUGUCCGGCCUCAAGGUGGCGCUUGAUUGGCUCACUUCCGCUAUAGUUGAAAACGAGGCUAAACACGUGGUGUCGGAAUGGACACCUGCAUUACUUAAAGACGAUAGUACAUUAGAUACUAAAGAUGCAAAAGAAGCUCUAGAAUCAAACAAAAAGGGGACUAACGUGUGUGGAUUGAUGGAAUCUUUCAAAAAUCUUGUGUGGAAGUUUACUUAAAACGACUUGUUUCACUACACAAAUGAGGAAAGCUAGUCAUCAUUAGUUACACCUUAACCUGAUUUAUAACUUGGUUAAAGCGAUACGGAGAAAUGCAUAUACUUUAUCUUAUAAACUGAAAGUACAUUGUAUUUUAUUGUUGUCUUUGUAAUCAGUUAUAUUUCAUCGUUGUUCAAUUUUUAAGUAAUGCACACACCAAUACACUUUAUAUGGUGCUUUAUUGUGAAACAAUGUAUAACCUCUAUUUUUAAAUUUCUAAUGUAAGCACAUUUGGUGACUUAAUGUUUAUUAUGUUCAAGAAAAUGCAAUAUCAAUAAAAUCGAUUUAAAAAAAAACAACAACAGAUUUUCUUUGACACUCAUGAAAUAAAAUAUGAUGUAAUAAAAUAUCCUCUGUUUAUUUGCCUAUUUUCUUAUGAACACUUUUAAUUAGUAUACUAUAUAUUCUUGUACAUAUUUUUUUUUGCUCAUACCUAUGCUUUACAUACAUUUUUCUGUUUUUAUGUUUGUUUGCAUUAAUUAUAUUAAAAACUGCAUUACACCUGAAUGUCAAUACCCUGUUUUAAGGUUUA